GAGAAUUUAGGGGUUAUUUGUCAACGUAGGAAUGAAGUAAGCCUGUAUCGAACACAAGCUGUAGGGACAGCAGGUAUGAGAGCAGUUAAACACACAUGACAGAAAUUAAACUUGGGCUUUAGAACAACAGGUUGUACUGUAGGUUCUGCUGCUGGGCUUUUGAGACCCUGGUUCUUGGAGUAUGGUGUUCAGAACCCUACCGGUGUUCAGUCUUGCCAUUCGGCAACACACUCGCAUGCCCACCUGUUCAGUAAUACAUCCAGAUGCAUAACCCAAGAAUGGAAAGAUCUCUUUGUUUAAAGACCUUGCUCAAAAAUCACAACAUGAUGAGAUAUCGCCGUGUCCAUGCCUUGGUGGCCGUAUUCAGUGGGACCUUUGCGCCAGUUUUGAAACGUCCCAAAAUGUCUUAAUGUUUCCCAAUAUUUCAUAGUCUGAGCAGCCUCUGCCUUUGUGUGUGAUGGGUGGGGCCGGCAGGGGAGGUGGUUCUGGUUCUGGCGGCACGGGCUUAGACGCGUCUUCACUGAAAGGCGUAGCGACAGCUGAGGCUGGACGGACCAUUCCCCGGGUCGAGCACAAAUUUACGCAGUGAAGACAUGACCUCGCUUCUCCUACAAGUGGCCGUCUGCUUGGUCGGCUGGGUCUCUGUCUACGCUCUGCUGUGUUUCCUGAAUGGUCACCGUGGAUAUGAGUGGAACUGCCGCCUGGUAACGCUCUUCCACGGUGUCCUCAUCGUCUGCGUCACGGCGUACAUAGGCUACGUCGAUGGCCCCUGGCCCUUUACGCACCCAGGUACGGAGAACACACCCAUGCAGGUGCUGGCCCUGGUGCUCAGCCUGGGCUACUUCACCUUCGACAUGGGCUGGUGUGUCUACUUUCGCACGGAGGGACCUGUGAUGCUGGCCCACCACACGCUGAGCAUCAUGGGAAUCAUAUUGGUGCUCUGGGUGGGCGAGUCAGGCAUCGAGGCUUGCGCCGUCAUCUUCGGCAGCGAGAUCACCAACCCCCUGCUUCAGACACGCUGGUUCCUGCGGCGGACAGGCCGCUAUGACGGGCCGGUGGGCGACACGGUGGACCUGCUGUUCGUGGCGCUCUUUAUCUUUAUGCGCAUCGGCGUGGGCGGUCACAUGCUGUACUGCGAGCUGGCCUCCCCCCGCCCGCUGCUGGUGAUGAAAUGCGGAGGUGUGGCCAUGUACCUCCUCUCCUGGGUCUUCUUAGCCAACAUCAUGCGUUUUGCCUACCGCAAGUGUGGUGCUAAGUACCGUCAUUGGCAGCUUCGCCACAAGGGGGCAGAGGUCAACGGGCAUGAUGGGAAAGUGGAAUAAAACAGCUCCAUCGAUUGGCUCCCUUUCAGUUCUAAUCUCCUUUCUCCUUUUUCUAUCCCUACUUUAAAUCUCGCUGACGUAAUGUGACCUUUUUUCAUGUCAUGUGACGAUGUCAAGUCCCUCAGACUUGUUUUUUAAAAAAAAUAUUUUUAAGUCAUGAGAACUUCAAAAGUUUCUAAAAACCACAAGCUACUUAAUAAGAAGUUUUUGAAUGAACCGAUACUGUAGAAAAGCUUUUCCAGGUAGAGGACGUUAAGUUGAAUUGUGUCUGAGACCAUUUUAGGAACAGAUCCUUGGGAUUUCAUUGGCCGUUUCCAGUAAGGAGGUAAACUGUUUGUAAGUCUGGACAAUAUUAAAAUAUUUGUGGCACCAUU